GGAGGCGGGGCGGGCGGCGGUUGGGCGUCGUGAUGCUGGGCUUCAUCGCGGCCCGUCAGACCGGGCUGGACGAUCCCACGCGGCUGCGCCGGGCCGAGGCCACGCGGAGGGUUCUGAGUUUGGAAUUAAAUAAAGACAGGGAUGUGGAAAGAAUACAUGGGAGUGGUAUUAACACCCUUGAUAUUGAGCCUGUUGAAGGACGAUACAUGUUAUCAGGUGGAUCAGAUGGUGUUGUUGUACUUUAUGACCUUGAAAACUUCAGCAGAAAGCCAUGCUACACAUGUAAAGCAGUUUGCUCCAUAGGAAGGAGCCAUCCUGAUGUACACAGAUUCAGCGUAGAGACAGUCCAGUGGUAUCCUCAUGACACUGGUAUGUUUACAUCCAGCUCAUUUGAUAAAACAUUGAAAGUAUGGGAUACAAAUACUUUACAACCUGCAGAUGUAUUUCAUUUUGAGGGAACAGUCUAUAGCCAUCAUAUGUCUCCAGUUGCUACCAAACAUUGUUUAAUAGCAGUUGGUACCAAAAGCCCCAAAGUACAGCUCUGUGACUUGAAGUCUGGAUCCUGUUCUCACAUUCUACAGGGUCAUAGGCAAGAAGUGCUGGCAGUAUCUUGGUCUCCACGUCAUGAAUAUAUUUUGGCGACAGCAAGUGCUGAUGGUAGAGUAAAAUUAUGGGAUGUGAGGAGAGCAUCUGGAUGUCUGACUACACUUGAUCAGCACAAUGGAGAGAAGUCCAAAGCAUCUUCUGAAGCAGCAAACACUGCUCAUAAUGGGAGAGUUAAUGGUUUGUGCUAUACAAAUGAUGGACUUCAUCUGUUGACUGUUGGUACAGACGAUCGGAUGAGACUCUGGAACAGCUCCACUGGAGAAAACACACUAGUAAACUAUGGGAAAGUCUGUAAUGAAAGUAGAAAAGGACUCAAAUUCACUAUCUCCUGUGGCUGUAAUCCAGAUUUUGCUUUUGUACCAUAUGGUAGUACCAUUGCUGUUUAUACAGUUUUCUCAGGAGAACUAAUAACUAUGCUUAGAGGACAUUAUAAUACUGUUGACUGCUGUGUAUUUCAACCUAAUUUUCAGGAGCUUUAUAGUGGUAGCAAAGAUUGCAAUAUCCUUGCUUGGAUACCUGCUCUUCGAGAGCCAGUUCCUGAUGACAUUUCUGAAAAGUCUCUAUCUCAACAGCAUUUAAAUCCAGCAUAUGAAGAUGCAUGGAGCAGCAGUGACAAUGAAGACUGAAUUUCAAUUGUGUGAUGAUAUAAAAUCGACAUUCAGGCACUAUAUUCAAUGACUUCAUCUACAGAAUAGGAUAUUAUCAGGCUUAUUGUGACUGGAUUCUUUGUACAGUUGUAUUAAAGCCAGGUCUUUCAGAAAUAAGCUACUUUUUUUUCCCCUGUCAUCAUCUUCACUUUUAUUGCUAUAUCUAAAGGACUACUUUUUCAUAUCUAUUGACUUCCUUACACUUGCCCUUAUACAUUGAUAUACUGCUGAACAGCAUAUGAAAGAAAACUAAAAGCCCUUAUGACCAGUUAAUAGUACAUUGUUUCUGGUAUCACUAAUACAUAGGGAGAUAAUCUGUUCAUUUCUGAGAGACCUGAUGCAGAAGAUUUUGCCUUAGGGAGGACCAACUCAGGGAUACUUCCAGUUCAUUUUCUGCAAUGUCUGGAUAGAGCAGACUGAGUCCUUUUAUGAGUGUCUACGUGCUCUGAGGACCUAAAUGGAUUUAUGUGCCUGUUUUUUUGUGUUUUAUCAGUCUUGCAUAAUUUUCUCCAUGGAUGAGAUAUUCCGUUCAGGAAGAGGUACAUUAUUUAUCCAAGUAUUUGUAUGGCAUCCUCCAUCAACUUAUAUCUGAAUCUGUCCCAGAAAGUUAAAAAUAGAAAUUAGUUUGAUUAGGUUUUUGUUGCUCCUGUUAAUGUGUUUUUAAGGUCAGUCCUCUAUGAAUCUCAUACACACUUCUCUACCCAGGGUGGAGAAUUCAGUCACACAUUCGUAGAAAAUUUCAUUCACAGAAAUAGGCUUGAGGUACAGUACAAGACAAAGUAUGGAUCAAGUUUCAAGUUAGAAAUAUAGAAUGUAGUCCUUCAAAACUCUUUGUUUUCAUCUGAAUUUGUAGCCCUAAUAUGUACUGUGGUUUGUCAGGGAGGAGUUCUGGGGGUGGUGGUGGUGGGGUGUUACUGCUCAAUCUCAAUCACUAGUUUGUUCGUUCCUCAGCAGCAAUAUACUCACUAAUCCGGGAGCUAAGUCAGAAGCUCGCAUUGAAUGGAGAUGCAGCACAUCAGGGUAAAAAUAGAAGAGAGGAAAUGGAACAUUUCAAACAGUAAUAUACAGUUUCUGAAAGUGAAAUUUAUAAAUAAAUGAAAGUAAUUUAA